AUGGCUUCGUCCUCUUGGAGGUGGCAAUGUAGCGACGAGAAGAGCAGUCUAGCUAGAGAACGACGACAACAACACCUGCAACUUCGUUUCCCGACAGUUGCAGUUCGACCGGUCUCCCAACUUCAUAGUGUUGGCUUGUGCUUCGCAACCCAUGCUUUCGCCGGCAGUGAGACGAGAACGAUGGAAGUUUCGGUGCUCCUUUGGUGGUUUCCGGCUUCGACAAAUAAAAAGGCGGCGGCCGGAGACAAAGAAAUGAAAGGUUCCAUGAUACCUUUGUGGUACUCUAGAUAUGAAAUGCCCCAUGAUACCUUCAUGGUACUUAAAUGCUUGGUCUUAUCAUCCAAAAAACUCAAUGUUGUCGGAAUCAAUGGGGUUGUUUGCGGCAUCACAAAGAGACGAAUCUUCCUGCUUGAUAGAUCUUUUAAUUUUCUCACCCGUUACUUCAGCAAAACCCAAUCAAAUACCCAAAACAAAGCCUUCUUCUCUAUUAAGUUUGAAGUCCGGGUGAUUUGA